AAGGUUGGCUGUACAGACAGCAAACCUUUUGAGGGGAGACGAGCAAUCGAGGGCGAAAGAGAAGAUGUCGCGGAUGAUGGAGAGACUGAGGAUUUUUGUGGCCAAGGAGCCAAUCAUCGCCACCUCCCUCUUCUUCGGUGGCCUUGGUCUCUUCCUUCCAGCUGUAGUUAGGCCGAUCUUGGAUUCCUUUGAGAUGGCGGAACCAGUCGAGCAGCCUGCUCUUGAUGACGUGGUUGCUGGUAUCACGGGGAAGAAAAUAUAAUAAUGUGCAUUUUCCAAUUUUUCCCCCCUUGUUCGCAUGGAGUGAUGUAACCUAGAUUAUCUGUUUCUUGUUUUUUUUUUCAACAUCGGUGAAAUGGUUCUGUUCUAAUAAACUGAAUAACGUUGACCAAGUUUCAUCAUCUAUUGGAGUUUUGAAUCUUUUAUAGAUUCAGAUUAAUUA